AUGAUUAGUUCAAUCUAUUGUCCUUUAGGAAAUGCCAUGGAUCCAUUCGGAAAGACAUUUGAUGAGCAUCUACAUGCUCAAGCCGCUCCGUUGGGCAAAGGCAGUGUAGUAUUCAAUCAUGUCCGGGGUGAUUCCUCGCGAGAUGCCCUUCAACGCAUGGUCAAAGUGGCGCUCCUCCACCUUUUCACACGCGCUGUCCUCCAUGAUGGCCGCAAGCCCUGCCUCCUGGCAGAGAAGCGCCACCUCUGCGCCCGAGCAACCUUCUGUGGCAUCGGCCAAGCGCGCGAAAAGCUCGUCCGCGCCGUCGACGGAAAACUUGGCGCAGCGGCGCGCAAUAAGCUCGCGGCGGGCCUCGCGGUCGGGCGGCGCCACGUAGAUGUGGCGGUCCAAACGGCCCGGGCGCAACAAGGCCGGGUCGAUGUCGGUGGGCCUGUUGGUUGCCGCCACCACCACGACACCUUGGAGCUCCUCGACUCCGUCGAUUUCGUUGAGCAACGACGUGAGCACGUUCUGGCCCGCCAGGGUCGCCGACUCGUCGCGGCAGGCCAAGGCGUCGAUCUCGUCCAAAAACACAAUCGACGGCGCGGCCGCGCGCGCCUUGCGGAAGAUCUCGCGCACCGCGCGCUCGCUCUCGCCCACAUACUUGUUGAACACCUCGGGGCCCUUGACGGCCAAGAAGUUGAGGCCGGACUCGGACGCAAGCGCUUUGGCCGCGAGCGUCUUGGAGCAGCCGGGCGGGCCGUACAACAAGACGCCCUUGGGCGCGGAGAUGCCGAGGCGGGCGAAGGUGGGCGCGGCCGAGAGCGGGAGCUGCACCACCUCGGUGAGUUUCUGCUUGAGCGCGUGCUGGCCCGCGAUGUCGGCCCAGGCGACGCGCGGCAUCUCCAAGAAGAUCUCGCGCAUGGCGGACGGGCGCACUUCGGCGAGCGCGGCGUCCAAGUCGCGCGCCUCCACCUGCGUGUCGACGUGCGAGCCGGAGGCGAGCGAGACCGAGUCGAUGGGUCUGUUGUCAACCGGGCCAGCGCUGCUUUCCGUUUCAGGGAUGCUUUCCGUUUCAGGGCUGCUUUCCGUUUCAGGGCCGUUUCCCGUUGUUUCACUUUGGUGUCCCGUUGUUUCACUUUGGUCUCUCGCGAGCGCCCGCCCGAUGGCGCGCAUCACGCCCUCGCGGCACACGGCCGCCAAGUCCGCGCCCACGUAGCCGUGGGUCUUUUCCGCGAGCGCGCGGAUCUCCGCCCGCAGAACGCGGCACCGCCUCAUGCGCGCAAGCUGCCGCACCAAAAUGUCCUCGCGCGCCGCCGCGUCCGGAAUGCCCACCUCCACCUCCUGGUCGAAGCGGCCCGGCCGCCGCAACGCCGGGUCGAUCGCGUUGGGCCGGUUGGUGGCCCCCACCACCACAACGCGCCCGGCGUCCGCCAUGCCGUCCAUCAUCGUAAGAAGCGUCGCCACCACGCGCGACUCUGUUUCGCCCGCAUCCUCCAGCCCGCGCUUGGGCGCCAACGAGUCGAUCUCGUCCAUGAAGAUGAUGGCAGGCUGGAACCGCACCGCCUCGGCAAACACCGCCCGCAACGCCGUCUCGGUCUCGCCCAAGUACUUGGACACAAUCAGCGGGCCGUUGACCAUCAACACGUGCGCCUGGCACUCGUGCGCCACGCACCGCAAGAGCAUGGUCUUGCCUGUUCCGGGAGGCCCGUGCAAGAGAAUGCCGCGCGGCGGCGAGAUGCCAAAGUCCAGAAAGAGCGCCGCGUGGUGGAGCGGCAACUGCACGGCCGCGCGGAGAAGCGCCACGGGCCGCGCAAGGCCGCCCACCUGGUCGAACGCAAACGGCUGCGGCAAGUGGUACUUGCGGAGACUGUCUUUUGUGGCCGCCACGCUGACCUUGGUGCUCUGGUUGACGAGCAACACGGGCGCCGGCGGUCUCAGGUCGAGCGAGAGCGCCUCGAACUGCGCCGCAAGGCUGUGGGCGUCCACCACCGUGAACCGUUUUCCCGCGUGCUCGAGCUGCAUUCCGGGCUGGACGAGCGCCGCGGCCGCCAACGCCUUUUUAACUGUAACGUUAACUGCAACUGUGUCUGUAACUGUAUCUGCAACUGUGUCUGUAACUGUGUCUGUAUCUGCAACUGCAUCUGUAACUGUAUCUGUAACUGCAUCUUUCUCCACAUACACCUCCACCAGGUCUGCGUACGGCGGCUGGCGACUGUACUUGUCUAUUGUGACACGGUCGCCGAGCAAAAAACCGCCCAACGAGCGGAGCGUCGGCGGCACGCAGAUGACGUUGGAAUCGACGUCCGCCGACGUGGCCACGAUGGCCACAACGCUAGCGCCGUCUUUGCGGAGCUCCACAAAGGCGUUUUUCUGGAGCUCGAGCGCCUCGGCAAUGUCGGGCUGGAUGUGCACCGUGGUGGCGCCAGCGAGGCCGGGCCGCACGAUGAACGCCUCGGGAAGCUUUAUUUUCUUUCCUUCGGGCGCCGCCGAGCUUUUCUUUUUGGUUUUGGAAGACAUGGAGAUGGAGAUGAGAGCGCGCGAAGAGAGAGAAGACAGGAAGAGGAAACACAGGAAGAAGACACAGGAAGAGGACAGAACAAAGACAAGAAGAGAAGAAGACGAGAAGAAUACAGAAGAAGGACAGAAUAG